GGACUCUCUUUUGACGGUUAAUAGAUCCCAUCACCACUGAUUCACGCCGAUCGUCGCCGGCCACAUGGCGCACAAGUCGCUCCUCUUACUCACAAUCUCAUCUCUCCUCAUCUUCACCGUCGUCGGCCGUGUAAUCACCACCACUUCAACAUCAGAUCUCGUCUCCGACGGCGUUCACGAUGGAUACGGCGGCGUACUCCGUCUUAAUCCCUUCGUAUCAGCUGAAGAACCAGAAGCUUGUGAACAGUCGUACGGAUUCUUGCCUUGCACCAACACAGCACUUGGCAACCUCUUCCUCAUUUUAGUCUAUGGUUACCUCAUGUACCUCGCUGCUACCUACCUCUCUGCUGGUAGUGAGCUGCUACUCGAGAUUUUAGGGCCAGGUCUUGUUGGCGGAUUAUUGCUUCCAAUUCUCGGUGCUCUUCCCGAUGCUAUGCUUAUUCUCGUAUCUGGAUUAUCUGGAAGUGUUGAUGUUGCUCAAGAUCAGGUGUCUGUAGGAAUGGGUUUAUUAGCAGGUUCAACAGUCAUGCUUAUCACUGUAAUAUGGGGCACAUGCAUCAUUGUUGGGAAAUGUGAUAUAGAGAACUCAGUUGCAGUAGAUAACACAGAUACUAAAGGCUUCAGCUUACUAGGUUCUGGUGUGAGUACUGAUAUUUGGACAAGCUAUUCUGGGAUGAUCAUGGCUGUAUCUGUGAUCCCAUUUAUCGUUGUUCAAUUCCCACAAAUCAUGCAUUCAGAUUCUGGAAGACACUUGUCUGUUUUACUUGGUCUUAUAGUCUCUGUUUCUCUUUUAAUUGCAUACUGUGUUUAUCAGGUUAUGCAGCCUAAAUUACAAAAAAGACGCCUUGCUUUUGCAAAACACAAACAUGUAAGAUCUAGAAUUCUUAAGUACUUAAAGAUGCGUGCACUUGGAAGACUUUUGACUGAUCAAGGUGAACCUAACAAAGAAGUUUUAGAAAAGCUAUUUAAGUCGAUUGAUGUGAAUGAAAACGGAUGGCUUUCACAUACUGAGUUAAGGGCAUUGGUUGUGGGAAUGAGAUUACAUGAAAUAAAUUUGAAAGAAGAAGAUGCUGUUGAUAGAGUUAUGAAAGAUUUUGAUAAGUCUAGAAACAAUGAGAUUGAUUUUGAUGAAUUUAUUGAUGGAAUUGGAAAAUGGCUUGAGGAGGCGAAAACUACUAAAAUAAAUGCUCCUAUUGCUGGACCUGACACGUUGAAGUACAUUCAUGACUAUUAUGAGGAGACGAAAAAGCAACAUGAUCUUUUAGGAGACGAUGCGGGGGAAGAUGAAGAGGAAGGGGUGGAUGAUCCACGAAUUGAUGGGUUUUCAGCUGCAACGAGUAUUCCUUCUUUCUUCAUCUCCUUCAUCGCGUUGCCAUUAGCAACCAAUUCCAGUGAAGCUGUCUCUGCAAUCAUCUUCGCCACCCGCAAAAAGAAAAGAUCCGCCUCCCUCACAUUCUCCGAGUUAUAUGGGGCAGUAACGAUGAAUAAUAUCCUGUGCCUAUCGGUGUUUUUAGCACUUGUGUAUGUGAGAGGACUAACAUGGGAUUUUUCGUCUGAAGUGCUUGUGAUUCUCAUUGUUUGCAUUGUGAUGGGCGUUUUCGGAAGUUUGCGUACAACUUUUCCUCUAUGGACAUCUUUCAUUGCUUUCGCCCUCUAUCCCUUCUCUCUUGUUUUGGUAUAUGUUCUUGACUAUGUCUUCGGCUGGUCAUAGUCGUAGAUUGAAAUUCCAAGGGCGUUUUGGGAAAAAAAACAGUGUUUUGUAUUUUUAUUGUUGAAAAAAAUGAGAUAUCUGUAGAAAGACUAGAAACUCACGAGAACCUCAAUUUCACUGCUUUUGAUUAUCCGAGUUUAGCCUAUUGGCAUGCGAUUUGCUUUCAUCUUUUGUAAACUAAUACGAAAAAUAAAUUAUUACUCUCUUACCACAUGUACUUAUUAUGUAUGAAUUGCAUCUUGAAUAUACUUAUUA